AUGUCUCACACUAGUACACAUCUGGCUAGUUCAUUUAUCUCUUUGAGAUGGUCGCGGAUAAUCCGCUAUCCGCUGGCGGAUACCCGCCAGUGCCAGCGGAUACCCGCCAGCGGGUGCGGAUGCACCCUUCCACCUGAAAUACUGGCGGGUAUCCGGGUAUCCCAAGGGAUACCCGGUGCCAAGAGGCCACACCGCCGGGAGGAAUCCCUCCCGGAAAGCUGGUUUUUAAACCAGCUCGUCGGGAGGGGUUCCUCCCGACGCGCUGCUUGUCAGGAGGGGUUCCUCCCGGCGAGCGUCCACAGGCCAACUCGCUGGGAGUGGUUCCUCCCAGCGAGCUGGCUUUUAAACCAGCUUGCCGGGAGGGGUUCCUCCCGACGAGCUGGUCUGUGUACCAACUCGCCGGGAGGGGUUCCUCCCAGCGAGCUGGUUUUUAAACCAGCUCGUCGGGAGGAACCCCUCCCGGCGAGCGUCUACAGGCCAACUCUCUGGGAGCGGUUCCUCCCAGCGAGCUGGUUUUGCCCCAACCCUCUCCGAACAAUGGAGGAAACUAAACAAAACUCUCAAAAACUGUGGACAGAAACAAAGAAAACCUUGACUGUGGAGAAACUAAGGGUUGAAUCUUCAAAGCUAGCUGUUCAAGAUCAACUUAAUCUAAAAUUUUCUAAACAAGUAUUUGACUUUCAAGCAGAAAAAAUUGCAUUAGUGGCAAGGGGAGAAGAAUUACCAACACAUAUGGAGCAGGAUAUUCCUCAAAAAUUGGUGUAUAUGGAAGAAAAAGAGCCCAAAAGGAUGUUCAAUCCAUACUUGGAGUUGAAAGGUUUUGAUACUGUCAAGGAUACUCCAGUUGAAGUUUUACACGUAUUUCUGCUGGGACCAACCCACCAGCAUGGUGCAAUACUGCUCAAGCUUGAUCGGAAAAGAUUUUAG